AUGACUAUACUAGACGCCCUCUCCUCUGCUAGGCGAUACCUUGUCGGUGCCACGAUGGGAGAGAUCAAAUACCAUGCGGCGUACUUUGCGCCGCAGAAGGAGAUUACUAUUGAGUCCAUCUAUGUCCACCCUAUCAAGUCAUGCAAGGGCUCACAGGUACAGGAAGCCCAGAUCACCCACGACGGACUCCUCUACGAUCGCACCUGGCUCAUCGUCGACCGCACCUCGAAGAAAUUCUGCACCGCCCGCGAGCUCUCCAAGAUGGUCCUGAUCAAUCCACACAUCGACCUCUCUAGUGGGAAAUUGAUCAUCGAUGUACCCCUCACCGAAAAGGGAAAGGGAACAAAGAGGGUACAGACUGACUUGGAUCCGACGCGGGAACAGUUGGAGAAGAUGGAAUUGGUAGAGGGGAUUAGUAUCUGGAACCACACGGUGGAUGGAUACGUGGUUAGUGAAGAGGUGAAUGAGGUGUUGAGCGAGUUCUUUGGAAAGUCAGUGAUGCUGGUCAGGAAGGGACCGCUGGACAGACCAUCAGGACCAGACGAUAGAAGAGACCGCCCGACAUUGAACUACCAAGACUUCUACCCCCUCCUCGUUGCUACCCAGGCCUCACUCAAGCACGUGCAGCAGACACUGGUCAAGAGCGUGUACCCUUCCAUGUCUCCGCAGACAGAAAACGCACCAGUGGACCCCAAUGACCGAGCGGCGCAGAUUGCUCAUGUAGAAAUUCCAGCAGUAAGAGUACCCGACAGCGUCUCAAAGGAGUACUGGACCCCGGAACAGCUAGAGACUCUUGAGAUUACACGCUUCCGCCCAAACAUUAUCCUCAAAUCGACACCAGCUGGGGACAUGCCUGCUCUGGCGCCCUGGGAGGAGGAUGGCUUCGUCGAGUUGGAGCUCUUCGAUGCCGAGGAGGGGCACGACGGUGGUGAACCGCCAUUCGGGGACUCGGCGAAGGGACAGGGCAAGCUGGGCAUCAGCUGCAUGGCUCGAGCUGGCCGAUGUCUAGUUCCCAACAUCGACCCUUCGACAGGCAACAGGGACCCACAUAUCCCUUACAAGCCGAUGCAGAAGUAUCGCCAAGUCGAUGAAAUCUACAAUAAGAUGGGCAAGCCAUGCUUUGGCGUUCUGGCAGCCUUGAAGGAAGGCACAGCGAGGAAAGGCGUCAUUCGAGUAGGCGACAUAGUCAGAGUGACCGAGACGACCGAUCCGGCGCAGAGGAAUGCGACUCCAAAGCCCUCUUGA